GCGAGUGGAGCUUGCUGCUGCCCGGAGGCUCCGCGUCAGGACCCGACGGGCUUCCAGCCCGACGCCGGAAGUGAGCUAUUCCGAGGCGACGCCGGGUCCUGCCACGUCUGAGUCCUGAAGUCGCUGCUGCUGCUACAACCAUGGUGUCAGUAAUUAACACUGUGGACACUUCCCAUGAAGACAUGAUUCAUGACGCCCAGAUGGACUACUACGGCACCCGCCUGGCAACCUGCUCGUCAGACAGGUCCGUCAAGAUCUUCGACGUGCGCAACGGGGGGCAGAUCCUUGUCGCCGACCUCAGGGGCCAUGAGGGUCCCGUGUGGCAGGUGGCCUGGGCCCACCCCAUGUAUGGCAAUAUUCUCGCGUCCUGCUCCUACGACCGGAAAGUCAUCAUCUGGAAAGAGGAGAAUGGCACCUGGGAGAAGACCCACGAGCACACAGGACACGACUCCUCAGUAAACUCCGUAUGCUGGGCUCCCCACGACUACGGCCUCAUCCUGGCCUGCGGCAGCUCAGACGGGGCCAUCUCCCUGCUGACCUACACCGGGCUGGGCCAGUGGGAAGUAAAGAAGAUCAACAAUGCUCACACCAUCGGCUGCAAUGCUGUCAGCUGGGCCCCUGCUGUCGUACCCGGAAGCCUCAUAGACCAGCCAUCCGGGCAGAAGCCCAACUACAUCAAGAAGUUUGCGUCAGGCGGCUGUGACAACCUCAUCAAACUGUGGAAGGAGGAGGAGGACGGCCAGUGGAAGGAAGAGCAGAAGCUGGAAGCCCACAAUGACUGGGUUCGAGAUGUGGCCUGGGCCCCCUCCAUCGGCCUGCCUACCAGCACCAUCGCCAGCUGCUCUCAGGAUGGUCGAGUGUUCAUCUGGACCUGUGACGAUGCCUCGGGCAACACGUGGUCUCCCAAACUGCUGCACAAGUUCAACGACGUUGUGUGGCAUGUCAGCUGGUCCAUCACAGCCAACAUCCUGGCGGUCUCCGGUGGAGACAAUAAGACCAAGUUCACUCUACCACUGUUUAGGUUCCACCUAUUAAAUCACAAUAUAUUUGCCUUCUGCAUCUGCACCGGUUCCCGGGAUCAUCUCCGGGCCCGCCCACGGGGCCGCACUGGCGUCCUCCUUUGUCUCCAUGGCUGAAGAAGUAACUCCACGGUACCAUACCACACUUUCAUCAGUUCAUCUGUCGCUGGUGUUUGUCAUUUUUCUCAUUGUUAAUAAUGUUCCCGUGGAAGUUGGGGUGCAGGUAUCUUUUGAAAUUCAGGCGUCUGCAGACCCUGUGCCAGAAGGACUCUGACUGAAUUGUGAUACCUCCCUUUCUGAAUUUUUGACCAGCCUCUGUAGUGUUCUGUCUAGAAAGUCUACCAAUUUACAUUUCCCUCAACAGUGUAUAGAGUUUUCCUUUCUUUCCAGGUUCUGCCCUGGAUUGCUUCUUUCAUGCUGUGUAAGGAUGGCCCUUGUGUUAGGUGCCGGGAUUCCUAGUGGUGUUUCCUGUUGAUCCUCUUGACAGGAGAAUCAUGUCUGUCUGUGCUAAGGUUGAGAGCAGUGCUUGGAAAAUGUACCUCUGCAACCCGCUAUUGGAAAGUGCUUUCUGUUUUGAGUUCUUAUCCAUGAGAUUCUGGGCCCUAUUUCUUGAAAACAGGUGCCUUUUACAGCCCCACAGGCUUGGUGAGCUUGAAGUGUCCUGAAACCAUGGUUUUAAUAUUGUUGAUUUGGGAAGUGGCCACACAGCGGCAGCAUUUCUUUCUGCCCUUGGUGGUUGGUGCAGCCUCCAAAACCAUUGGGAACCACGUGUUCCUGGGUUGUUCGGAGACUGAUGGGUACAGCACAGACAUCCCAGGGUUUCUGUCCCCUUCCUUCCUCCUCCUCAACCAUCAACACACUAGGUUCCAAACCUGGGGAGCCGUGCUGCAUAGCUGCUGCUCGAGGUAUGUGGGGCUGAGCCCCUGGACAGAGGCUGGAGAAGGGGGCCCUCCAUGAAAGUCGGCCAUGGAGACUCAGGUCUGUCCAGAUGUCCUGCCCAGAGCACUCACCUCUCGGGUGCACUGGGUGUGCUUUAUCCUCUGCGUGGCCCAGGCAGGCCAGCUCCAAGAGGGCAGCAUUGCUGGUCCCUCCCUGCCAGCUUCCUGUGGCCCUCGACUCUCCAGCCUGGUUUCCCAGCCAGCUCAGGCUCCAGGGAAGGACAUUAGCCCCAGUUCCAGAGCCCUCAUCGCAGCACAGUAGACAACAGUCUCAGUGUCGUGUCAGUUUCAGAACACUGUGCUGGUCACCUGGCAUACACACUCCUGUUCUUUCUCUGACUCUUUACGGGUUAGCUGAGGGGACAGUGUUCAGUAGAGGUCUGCUGGGCUACAAUAGGGUCUUUUUGAUGAUCUGUUUUAUUAUUAGAAGUUUGUCUGUGUGAAUCCCAACCUCCUGAUUUACCCGCCUAGGAUACUCUUUGAGAUUGUUUUUUUCACAUUGUGUUACGAUUGCCCUUUUUAUUAAUUUCAAGGGAUUCUCCCUGAAUUUCCUGUUUCUUUUCUCCUUUAAUUAUGGAUUAGACCAUGUAUUUCUGUGCUAUAUCUGAUAACAUUUGGAUUCAAUUCUAGCACUCAUUACUUCAGAUUCUGUACCUG